GCAGCCUUGUGAGGAGUACUUCCAAAUUUAGGCAAAGAUGCUAUAUACUCAUGUCACAUCAUGAUCAUGCAAUUUCCAUCUUCUUUCCAUCACCUUCUUAACAUCAAGAAGAGGCAACAAGAACAUUCAAAUCCUUAUAUGAAAUAAGGACUAGCCAAAAGUAAAAUAUCAAAGGCAAAUAUAUAGGCGACCAAAUUAAAAGGCUUAGGCAUCAAACGCAUUGAUGGAAUCUAAAUACUUCAUAUUUUUCCUACUGUCUUUCUGCUCUUUUAUACCCAAGAUUGUUUCUACUACAACAAAUGUAAUCACUACUAAUCAGUUCAUCACAGAUGGUGAAACUAUUGUUUCAUCUGGCGGAACCUUUGAGAUGGGAUUUUUCAGCCCCAACGGUUCCACAACGCGAUAUAUUGGGAUAUGGUACAAGCAAAUUCUUCCUUAUGUGCAAACAGUUGUAUGGGUUGCAAACAGAGAGAAACCACUCACCAAUACAUCUUCAGUCGUUUUGAAGGUCAACAAGCCGGGAAUACUUGCUCUUCUCAAUGACAAGAAUGAAACUAUAUGGUCUACGAACACCUCGCGAUCAGUCCAAAAUCCAGUUGCAAUGCUUUUGGAUUCUGGUAAUCUUGUUGUGAAAGAUGCAAAUGAUAGAAAUCCAGAAAAUUUCCUAUGGCAGAGUUUCAAUUUUCCAACUGAUACUCACUUGCCUGAUAUGAAACUUGGAAAGAAUUUCAAGACUGGUCUUGAAGUCUACCUUUUAGCAUGGAAGAACGAUAACGAUCCAACUCCAGGAGAAUACAGUCUCCACAUUGAUCCUACCGGAUAUCCACAGGGCAUCAUCAGACGUGGUGCAAGGGUAUCAGCUCGAGCAGGACCAUGGAAUGGUUUACGGUGGAGUGGAGCACCUGCACCACUACAAACACAAAACAGCAUAUAUACAUUUCAAUUUGUUUUCAAUAAAGACGAGGUUUACUAUAGUUUUUCUCUCAUUAACAACUCAGUGUUAACAAGGCUAGUCAUUACUAACAAUGGAUAUAUACAACGUUUGACGUGGGUGGAUAGGACAAAGAGUUGGCAUCUUUACCUCAAUAUUCCUCUGGAUACUUGUGAUACAUAUAGCUUAUGUGGUGCCUAUGGGAGCUGUGUCAUAGAUAGUUCUCCUGUUUGUGGAUGUUUGGACAAGUUUGUACCUAAGUAUCCACAACAAUGGGAAAAGGGAGACUGGUCAGAAGGGUGUGUUCGGAAGACACCUAUUGAUUGCAAAAAGGAACAUGGAUUUCUAAAAUAUUCUGGAAUCAAGUUGCCAGAUACUAACUACUCUCAGUACGAUAGGACCAUGACACUCGAAGGAUGUAGGCAAGUAUGCUCGACGAACUGUUCUUGCACAGCUUAUUCGAGCCUAGAUAUAAGCAAUGGAGAUAAAGGUUGCUUGUUUUGGUCUGGGGAGUUGAUUGAUAUCAGAAAGCUCUCUGGAAGAGGACAAGAUAUUUACAUCAGAAUGGAUUCUUCAGAGCUAGUAUCUGAGGCAGGUUCAAACAGAAAGAAGGCAGGGAUACUCGCGGUGAGUUUCUCAUUGUUAGUGGCAAUGAUUCUGCUAGGUCUGUUCUUGUACAUACGAAAAAAGAGGAAACUAAAAUUCAAAGAAGAUUUUGAGCUGCCACAGUUUCAAUUUUCGAUAAUAACAAGAGCCACAGAUAACUUUUCGUUCAACAACCAGAUUGGAGAGGGUGGAUUUGGACUUGUUUAUAAGGGAGUGCUGGAGGAGGGACAAGAAAUAGCUGUGAAGAGAUUGUCAAGGACUUCCAUGCAAGGAAUUGAUGAAUUCAAGAAUGAAGUUACCUAUAUUGCCAAGCUUCAGCAUAGAAAUCUUGUGAGACUUCUGGGUUGCUGCAUUCAAGGGGAAGAAAAGAUGUUGAUCUAUGAAUACAUGCCUAAUAAAAGCCUGGACUCAUACAUAUUUGAUCAAACAAAGAAAAAGUUACUUGAUUGGUCAAAGCGUUUCGAUAUCAUAAAUGGAAUUGCUCGAGGCUUAUUGUAUCUCCAUCAAGAUUCUAGACUACGGAUUAUCCAUAGAGACCUUAAAGCAAGCAAUAUUUUGUUAGAUACAGAAAUGAACCCAAAGAUAUCAGACUUUGGCAUGGCUCGAAGUGUUGCAGGAAAUGAAAUGGGAGCAAAAACAUGCCAUGUGGUUGGGACACAUGGCUACAUGUCCCCGGAAUAUGCAAUAGAUGGGAUCUUCUCGGUAAAAUCAGAUGUGUUUAGCUUUGGCGUAUUGGUGUUAGAGAUUGUGAGUUGCAAGAAAAAUAGAGGAUUUUUCCAUCAAGAUCACAACCUAAACCUUCUCGGUCACGCAUGGAAGCUUUACAAAGAAGAUAGAUCCUUGGAACUAAUAGAUGAGGAGCUAACUGAUUCUUGCCAUAUUUCUCAAGCUUUAAGGUCAAUUGAAGUGGGACUAUUAUGUGUGCAACAAUGUCCUGAAGAUAGACCAAACAUGUCUUUUGUGGUUCAGAUGUUAGGUAAUGAGAGUUUACUGCCUGAAGCAAAAGAACCAGGAUUUUUCAUGGAAAGAACAGUACAUGAUUCAGAUAACUCAGGAAUGCAGACAGGAAGUUCAAACAAUGAAGUAACAAUCACAAUGUUAAAUCCUCGGUAGAGUACUGUGAAUUAGUCGGUCGUUAAUACGCAUGAGUAACAAAUAUACGGAUAGAGAAAUUGUUUCUUUUUUUUUUACAAUAAAGUGAAAUAUCAAUUGUUUAGCAUCGGCUUUUCAGGAUUACACUCAUUCACAAGAAAAAAUAUGUCUUAGAGCCUAGAUGACGACAUUGAAGUGCCCGCUAAGCGAGGUGCAAAGCUCAACUUGUUUUGCGCAUCACUUUAGGAAUUAAGCGUGCCUUUGAGUAUUUAGAAAAUGGUUCAUAAUAAUAAGCAUCUAUUCAACUUGACUUGCUUUUGCAUUUGCUGUGAGAUAUACAACUGAUUUACAUUUGUAUCUUACAAAGAAAUGAAAAUGCUAGUAAGCAAAAAUUUCCAAAUUAUAUAGCCCAUGAAUUAUGUACAAUUGUCUAACUAUGCCUUCCGUUAGAAGUUCCCAGCAUAAAAGAGGAAACUCGAUCGUAUCAUACGUAAUUUCAUUUUCCAAUUACAAUAGACAGAAUCUUCGUUGGUCAUUCACAAUUGCCCAUGUUAGCGGACACCGUGGACACAUGGUCAUCUCAACAAGAUUGGGACAGAAUAAUGAGUCAAGGGAAGUUGCAUUACUUGUGUCUGUUAUUUUGAGCUGACUUUGAAGUUUUGAUGAUUUAACAAACCUUGGAAUCUAAUGAGGAACCUAAUCCCAGGAAAGAUUGAGAGCUCCGUACUCUACUGAAGUGGUUGGUGCGUGUCUGUUUGUAGAGCAGCAGACUCUCAGCUAGUGGCAUUGCUCAAAGGGUUUUGUGUCCAACUUAUAUAAGUCUCUUCUCCAAUGACGCAACCUAGGUUUUGCAUUCUAGAAGAAUUAUACAACAAAAGUCAU